AUGAUUUAUCUUGAUAAUAUUCUUUUAAUUGGCACAACAAAUUUUCUGGAAGUAAUCGAUCCAGCACUUCUUCGUCCGGGACGUAUUGAGAAAGUUAUUAAAAUUGAAUUACCCAAUGCAGUCGCUCGCUCUGCUAUUUUCGAUAUCUAUACAAAAGCACUUAUCCGUAAUGGAGCCCUUAAUCAAGAUGUCGAUAUUAACCACAUCAUUAACCGUACCGAAGGAAUGACCGGUGCACAUGUGGAACGAAUUGUUCGAUUGGUAGUUCAUGCUGCUAUGCGACGAGAUAUUCUCGAGCGAGAUAAACUCGAUAUUACUGAAGAACAGGGAGAAGCACUGGAAGUUUGUAAUCGAGAUUUCAUCGAAGCUUUAUCUAAAAUCAGCAUAUGA